AUGCCUCCUUCAUCUACCCCGUCGACUCCCAGGCGCAUCACUCGCAUAGCCACUAAACCCCUCAAACUCGCCGCAUCAGCUCUCACCCGAUCAUCGACCCCAGCGCCAACUCAAGGUGCUGGGUCGUCCCCACCCAACUCGACCCACUUGGACAGUCGAGGCUCGCGCCUGGAUCCAAAGAGGCAAAGCAGCGGUAAUGAGCCCAUGCACGUUGCGAAGGCUGCGAGGGGUCCGCGUAAGCCCCUCGACGGUGAGGAGCCGGCAGCGUGGAUUAGAGUUCGAGUGGUGAAGGGCGAAGGAUUGGUCGCCAAGGACCGGGCAGGCACAAGUGAUCCCUUCGUGUCCCUCUUGCUACCACCCACGGACCGCCAAUCCACGCCUCACAUCAAGAAAACCCUAAACCCAGUCUUCCCAGCAGAGGCGAGCACAUUUGACCUGCCUCUCUACCUCAGCAUGGCGGGAGUCAUCAGCGGACGCGGACUGGAAGCAGUCAUGUGGGACAAGGACAUGUUGCGGAAAGAGUACAUGGGCGAGCUUUCCAUUCCGAUGAACGAAUGGUUCCCAAGCGGAGCUGUUUCGCUCUGGGACGAGAACCUUACCGCUGUGACUCGGCAUCUCACCUCGACCCGGCGCAAGCACGAAGUUACCGGUACUUUAUCGUUUCAGAUCGGCUUCGUCCCGCCUAAGGAUCUGUCCCCGGAGGAAGGGCUGAAGCGGGUCCGCUCCGUAUUCACAACGAUUCUUGACCGAGGCGCGGCGGGCAAGGGACUCGGUGGAGUGCUGGGCGUUCCAGCUUACAAGGGUAUCGGCACGAUCAAGCUCAGAAACCGCCGGCAGUCUCAGCAGGUCAGCGGCAAUUCAGGCGGAAAGACUGGCUUCCUCUCCAGCCUCACUGGCGGUCACAAAAUGAGUCCAGUCGCGCCUGUCCCGCAAUCCUCGGUUGACGACGAUGACGACGAUGCCUCACUGGCCGACGAUGGCUUGACCGACUCCAGCAGCGACGAAGAGUCGGACAGUCCGGGCGAGGAGGACCGGGAUGGGGAUUUCCAGUACUCCCCGGACGCUAUGAGCAAGGAGGACGAGGCUCGGCACGAUAAGAUCCAUACCGGUCCCUCCAGCCACGGCGCUCCAUCUGUUCAGGGGGGAACGGACGUCUCGCCUGCGCGUCGGCGGCUUUCUCACAAGGCGUCUUCGAACUACUUCGACUCCCGCGCCAGCAGUACCGCGGAGGGGUCCACCACCCCCCUCGCUACGCCUGGAAGCAUGUCCGGCGCGGCCACUCCGGGGGGUUCUCGUCGACCCUUCUUUAUGCGCCGAAACAAGACCUCGGCGACCACUGCUGGUUCGGGGGACUCGUCGGACCGGGAGAAGGCUGGCAAGAAGAGCAAGAAUCGGAAGAUGAGGAAGAAGAAGCAGGAUUUCAACUUUGAUGCGGAGGGCAACCGGGAUGUGCUGGGUAUUGUGGCGAUGGAGAUCAAGUCAGCGUCGGAUCUGCCAAAGCUAAAGAGCUCUAUCCGUGUGACCUACGAUAUGGACCCCUUCGUCGUCAUCUCAUUCGGCAAGAAGGUGUUCCGAACUCGAGUCAUCCGUCAUUCCCUCAACCCCGUUUGGGAUGAGAAAUUGCUCUUCCACGUGCGCAGGCAUGAAAGCUCUUACACUAUGCAGUUUGCGGUCUUGGAUUGGGACAAGGUCUCCGGGAACGAUGCCGUCGGUGGCUGUGUCUUACCUCUUGAACAGCUCAUUGCCGAUGCUCCCCAACCUGGAGCCAAUGGCUUGUACGACAAGGAUGAAGAUGGAAAGCACGAAUUCAAGGAGUUCACUCUGCCUAUCCUCACCGAAAAGGACAAGGCUUGGGAAGCCAAACACUCGCCGAAGCUGACCAUUCGGGCCAAAUAUGAGCCAUACGACGCCCUUCGUCAGCGGUUCUGGCGACAGUACAUUACCCAAUACGACGUCGACGAGACGGGCACCAUGUCAUUCACCGAGUUGACCGCCAUGCUCGACUCGCUCGGCUCCACCCUCACGCAAGGGACCAUCGAGGGCUUCUUCAAGUCCAGCGGGAAGGAUAUCGAGGGGGAGCUCACGAUUGAAGAGGUCAUCCUGCACCUUGAGAACGAGGCGACCAAGCCCGCCGCCCAGAAGGCAAAGGUCAAGCCGAUCAGCUCCCAGCUCAACUCUGGGACGCAUACCCCGAGUAUGGCGCCUGAACCUCAAGGAGACGGGUUGGCGAUGGACGGACCGCAGCAGGUCAUCUCCAGCCCGGUUGAUGCCGAUGAGCUGCGGGAGAAGAUCUUGCGGUCUCAGCAGCAGUCGGGCGAUCUUCCGGGGAACCUAGAGGCCAUGGACGGGAACGUCCCGGAUAUCCGGGUGCGAGAGCCGUCCCUCGACGGCAAAGAGACACCCUUGGUCCAUAACGGUCGUGCGCCUCGGGGAGGUGCCGAACUCGGAGCGGAUACUAUGGAGACCAUGUCCCCCUCGGCCGACGUCGAGGGCGAUCUGGACGUCUCGGACGAUGGCGACAACUACCCCUCGGACGCCGAUACGCGGGAACGGGUCAUCAACAUCCGGACAUGCCCACUUUGCCACCAGGCCCGCCUCAAUAAACGGUCCGAGCAGGAUAUCGUCACCCAUCUUGCCGUCUGCGCGUCGAACGACUGGGCCCGGGUCGACCGUAUUGUCACUGCCAACUACGUCACCAGUAGCCAGGCCCAGCGGAAAUUCUUGACGCGGAUGGUCAACAAAGUCACUAUCGGCAAUUACCGCCUGGGCGCCAACUCGGCAAAUAUCCUGGUCCAGGACAGGUUGACGGGGCAGCUGCAAGAGGAGAAGAUGGCGGUGUAUGUCAGGUUGGGGAUCAGGGUGCUGUAUAAGGGCUGGCGGAAUAAGAUGGAGGGUGGUCGAGCCCGACGCCUGCUUAAAUCCCUUUCUAUCAAGCAGGGUAUCAAAUUCGACCACCCAGAUUCAGUCGCCGACAUCCUCCCAUUCAUCGCGUUCCACAAUCUCAACGUGGACGAGAUUCUCGAUCCCCUCGACUCGUUCAAAUCCUUCAACCAAUUCUUCUACCGCAAGCUCAAAGCGUCGGCCCGGCCUAUAUCGGAUCCGGAAGACCCAUACCGACUCGUCAGUCCCGCAGACUGCAGAAUGAUGGCGUUCGCGACGGUGGAUGAGGCGACACGGAUCUGGAUCAAGGGGAGGGAGUUUAGCGUGGCGAGGCUGUUGGGUCCGGCGUACGAGAGUACGUGGAGGAAGUACGAUGGUGGUGCUUUGGGUAUCUUCAGGCUCGCUCCUCAGGAUUAUCACCGCUUCCACUCGCCUGUCAAGGGCAAAGUCGGCAAGAUGACCCUCAUUGACGGCGAGUACUAUACGGUCAAUCCGCAAGCGAUCCGCACUACGCUAGACGUGUACGGCGAGAAUAUCCGAAAGAUCGCCCCGGUCGAAAGUGAGGAGUUUGGGACGGUCAUGACCGUCUGGGUCGGCGCUAUGAUGGUCGGAUCAAUAGCUACCACCGUUGAAGAAGGCCAAGACAUUGACCGCGCGGACGAACUCGGCUAUUUCGCUUUCGGCGGCUCGACCAUCGUGUGCCUAUUCGAGAAGGGGGUGCUGGAAUGGGACGAGGACUUGAUCAAUAACGGUCAGGCGGCGAUUGAGACUUUGGUCAGGAUGGGGAUGGGGCUGGGGAGGAGUACGCGGAAGCCCAAGAAGGUUUGA